UUGUCCAGAGGAUGGGGGGGUUGUUGUCCAGAGGGAAGGCGAGUAUGGGGAGGGGGUCUCCAGUGUGAGGGGCUCUGCUGCAGUUGUCAUUUCUACCAGUCAUGCGCAGGACGGGACACACCACACUUUGUUUGGACCCCUCUCACUGGGAAUAUGCCUGAACUUUGACUUAGAAUGCUCUGGGUGCCACUGAAACAGUCUUUUGGAUUCAAUUCAGAGUGCUUGCUGGUGCUUUCUGCCUUUUUUAAAGAGUCUUUUUAAACUUGUGCCUCUGAUUUUUGACUGUGGUUUACUGAUCAGCUAAGGGAGUAACACACCUGCAGUAAAGAGGGGAAGAGGAUCCUAAUUCAGAGGACCAGUGGAUGACCUGCCUGCUAUACAGACCAUGAUCUGAAGGCCCCGCCACGUGGCCCCAUUCUUUCUUCUUCGUUAUUUCCUGCAGGGAUAAGAGCUCCUAGACUAGCCGCCUCAGACAGGUGGAGCGGCGGGAGAUAGAGUGUGUACAAGAAAGAGUGCGACAGCCAAGCGCCUAGUCGUCAACAGUGCCCACCAACCACCUCCACAGGACAGCCGUGCCCUCUGAUCCCGCCACGCCCCCUACCCCUCCCACCGCCAGACCGGAACCAUGGGAAGGAAAAAGAUCCAAAUACAGAGGAUUACAGACGAACGGAACAGACAGGUGACGUUCACCAAGAGGAAGUUUGGCCUGAUGAAGAAGGCGUAUGAGCUGAGCGUGCUGUGCGACUGUGAGAUCGCCCUCAUCAUCUUCAACCACUCCAACAAGCUGUUCCAGUACGCCAGCACCGACAUGGACAAGGUCCUGCUCAAAUACACCGAGUACAACGAGCCCCACGAGAGCCGUACCAACGUCGACAUCAUGGAGGCUCUGAACAAGAAAGAGCACCGGGACUCAGAGAGCCCAGACCCUGAGGAGCCCUUCUCCCUCACCCCCCACACUGAGGAGAAAUACAAAAAAAUUGACGAGGAGUUUGAUAAAAUGAUGCAGAGCUAUAGGCUGUCAUCAGCCGUCCCACAGCCCACUUUCUCCAUGCCCGUCACGGUGCCAGUGUCCAAUCAGAAUGCUCUCCAGUUCAGUAACUCUGGCGGCCUGGUAACCACCUCCUUCGUCACCUCCACCCUCACAGACCCCCGCCUGCUGUCGCCACAGCAACCAUCUCUCCAGAGGAACACUGGGUCUCCAGGGUUACCACAACGACCGGCCAGCGCAGGUGCUCUAUUAGGAGGUGAACUGAGCAACUCCAACGGAGGAUGCCCGAGCCCUGUUCCGAACGGCUACAUCAGUGCCAGGGCCUCCCCCGGCCUCCUCUCCAUCUCCAACGGCAACAGCCUGGGGAAAGUAGUCCUGGCCAAGUCUUCACCUCCGCCCAGCCCUCAGAUGGUGAACAGCCGCAAGCCUGAUCUCCGGGUCAUCACCUCCCAGAGCGGCAAGAGCCUGAUGCAGCUGACCGAUGAGGAGCUGGAGUUGGUGAGUGAGAAUGCUCAGCGGUUAGGUGGUUCUCAAGGGAACCUGUCCACGCCAGUGGUUUCCGUGGCGACGCCCAGUCUCCUAGCCCCCUUCUCCGCCAUGCAGACGGCCUACAACACUGAGUACCAGCUGACAAGUGCAGAUCUCACAGCGCUCCAGACAUUCACGCCAUCAGGGCUGCUGCCUAGCAACAUGUCCACCUGGCAACAGCAACCAGCAGUAUCCCAGCAGCAGCAGCAACAACAGCAGCAGCAACAACAACAGCAGCAGCAGCAACAACAACAACAACAGAUCAGUUUGGCGUCACUCAGUAACUUGGUCAUGUGGGGCGCAGAGAAACAGAACGGGGAGAUGGCUAACUGCAUCUCCAAUUUCGCUGCUAACCUGAGCAUGGCCUCUCAAUCAAACUUGCUAUUUGGCAGGGAAGAGGGUCUCUGCUGGCCGGUUGGCCACUUACCCCAGGGCACCAUGCUGACGAUUAACACCAACCCCAACAUCAGCAUCAAGUCGGAGCCCGUGUCGCCCAACCGCGACCGCAGCACCCCGUGCUCCACAGCUGGGGGUGGCGGAGGAGCGGGCCUAGUGACCAUCACAGGGGCCCCUAUGUCAGGCCAGUACCCCGGGGCCCUGCGCCUGGAGCCGUCCACCCUGCAGGGCCGCUCGCCCGUCGGCAGCCUGAGCAGCAACGGCAGUUCCUACGAGGGUGACCGGGACGAUGGGGCCCAGGGGCGGGCCCAGGACUUCCACCACCAGGGAGGGGCCUCCUCUGCCAUGGGGCUCCUGAGGCCCUCGUCCACUCAGGAGCAGCAGGAGCAUGAGGGGGCCAACGUGAAGAGAAUGAGACUGGACACCUGGGUCACAUAGAUGUGUAGAACAAGAGAGUGGAGGGGAGAGAUGCCCCCUCUCCCCCACCAUCCCCCACCCUUUUACCGUAUGUACAGUAAAUGCUGACCUCACACACAUGCCUCCACCAAACACACACACAUGCACAGGACACACCCAUUUGCGCAUGCUCUUACACUCUUACACACACUCUUUCUCUCACAAAUGUAUGCGUUGACACACAAGCUGCAUACUGUUUUACACUAUAUUGUACUACACACACACACACACACACACAUUCUCACACAAACACCCUCUAUUUGGGCAGAGACACCGAACCAGGGAUUACAUGUCAACAUAGUGUGUUGGACAAGAUUAGGAUUGGAAUGAAUUGAGUUCUCUUUUGUUCAAGCUGGCUCUGUCUACUUUUCGUUUUGAAGGGAGAGAGAGAGCAGCUAGAAAACUGACUGACUAUUGACUAACUAUAGGCUUUGCUGGGUUUUCUCUUCACCCUCUACAUUACAUAAUACACACCUGGUAUCCUCCUGUCUUUUAUCCACAGUAGGUCUCUAGUCCAGCUGCACUGCUCUGUUGAGAAACAGUAGAACAACCAAAAUGAAUCCACUUCUUUGUAUCUGCUCAGUGGCACUGUUAUAUCCAGCUUUUGGUGUUUUUGUAAAGAGUAUGAGAUUGGUGAAUGAGAUUUUAACUGUUCUUUUUGUAGUAUUACGUCCUCUCUCUGUCUGACUGUUGUCCAUCAACCAUCUUUACAUUUCUAUUAACAUUUCUGUUUUAGAUUUGAGAACCCAAAAUUCACUGAGUCAAACUGAUUAGCUAUCCAUUUUAUAAGACAGGAUUUACUCUUCUAAAGUGGACGAUCCUUGUUUUGUUUAGUUUUAGCCAGGUAUUUAAUCAGGACCAUGCAAAUAGCUGUUUUAAUCUGAAACAUCGAUACCUUAUCUAGGUCAAAUACUGUUUUAUCAGGGAAGGGCUGCACUAGCUCUAUGACACAUGCUACAGAUACCUACAGAUCAACUUCAGAUGCUGCGUGUGUUUCCUGUUCUGUGAUAUUUAUUUCAAAUGCUCUAUUUGUGUUGUUUUUUUUUACUACCUUCUUGACUUUUCGGUUUUUCCCCACGCUCAAAUCCAUCCACACUCACAUACAAAAAGUAUUUUUGUUAAACAAUGCCUGUGUUUCAGAAGGCUCUGAAUAGGAGAUGUAAACUGGGAGAAAAAGUGAAGAACUGUAUAUAUAAGCAAUUUGUUCUGUUUCCUUCUGUAUGGCUUUUGUAUGGCAGAGACAUCGUUCUUUGAGGGUAAACAUAUAGAGCAUAUAAAUAUAUAUUUAAACAGCAGCGAUAGCAGAUUUUGAGAGUAAGUGAUGAACUGCAUACGAUGCAGAGAAAACGAUAGACGACAGGGAUUGUAUAUAGAAAUAUAUGUUCACAUAUGUUCAGCAGGAUAUCCCUAAAAGCUAAUGUGUUGAUUCCCGGUGAUCUGUCUUUCUAUUUAUGUGUGUGUACAUAAGUGUACUAGGUUGCAAAGCAAAGUGAGGGUGCUAGAGGGACAGAAAAGGAAGUAGCAAUGGAUUGGACUGUUUGAGUGAGCAGUGGUUAGUACUCUGACGGAGCGCACUUUAACCCCUUCCUCCCCCCAAGCCCCCAAAAUGCCCCCCUCUCUUUAAAAGCCAGGUGUCCUCCAGAAAGGGACAGUCAUGUCUGCAUGUCCUCAGGCACGUCAAACUCAUUCAACACACAAACACAUUUACACACAUUAGCCAGACAAGUAUCCCCUGUGCUUUCUGUUAGAGGAGAGUUCCAUGGCCACAUGAAUUAAUUACAGCAUUUCGCUCAUUGAACCGUGGUGUAAACUCGACUGCUCCCUACCAGUGACUUAAGACAAGUCCAUCUCACGCUCAUUUGACCCUUGCCACUAUCAAUUUUCUGCCAAAACGCCUCAUUGCUCCACACACUCAAACACCAUACUCACAUAUACUCUGCACUCUAUCCAGAACAGGUUCAAAUGACCUCCCAUUGGCUCUUUAUCGUUUUAUAUCGUUGUAGUUGUUGCCGUAGGGAUUGUGCAGCCUGACUCGUCAGGAGUCUAGAUGAUCGUCUAGAGGUGGAUGGCAGAGAGAGAGAGAGAGAGAGAGAGAGAGAGAGAGAGAGAGAGAGCGAUCACGCCUGCCGGCAUAUUCACCUUCCCUUAGACUGUAAGACUGUUGUGUCCUGGGCUUUGAACAAACGUUGACCCUGAUGUUUCUUUGUUUUUUUUAUAAUAAUGGUAGCUAUGUCUUGAAUAGGGCUACAUGCCAUGAAGCGAUGUUUCAUACCUAGACGAAAUGGUGACUAGCGGAAGCAGACGAUGGGGUUGGUUAAUACUCUGGAUGCUGGCCAAUCGAGGUGUUGUAUAAAGCCCUGACAUUAUCUCAGAACAACACUAAGGGUCACUGUAAUCACAAAUGAAAAGACAAUCGUCAUGACAAUAGUUAACCUGCGCCCCCAUAUUCCCCAUGUAUAAUGAAUGAUGUUUCGAGAAUCUCACUUUCCAGUGUUAAUUUGUGCCGGUGACAGUUCUAUUGUCUGUUUUUAUUAUAAUUGUUCUAUGAUAAUUGCUAUUAUUAAUGUUAAUAUUAUCAUUAUUGUGACCAUCGAUGGUAAUUGUAAUGAUGAUAUAGAAAAGGCAAUUUUUAUUUUUUGCGGUUUUGUGUAGGUUAGGAAUCUUGUUUUAUUUGAAUUUUAUUUUAUUAUAUAUAAAUAUAUUUUUGUUUUGUUUUCAUUUUUUGUUUUUUUUCUUCAAAGGGUGUACUAAAAUUGCACGAUUUAUGACGUAAAACAAAACCGCUGUAGUAAUAUUAGUACAUGUGAGAUCAUGAAAGGUGGUAUACUGACCAGUUCAAUGCUGCAAUCUUUUGUCAAAUGUACAAAACUUAGUCUACACAUAGUAAAGUGAGGACAAGAAAACAUUUAAUUUAUUUCUGACCAGACACAAAGAUGUCAAUGCAUGGGCGUAACACAAAAAAAGAAUGAAUCAUAUUAUAGGAAAUAAAUAUGAAAUGUAAUAUCAAUAAGAAUAUACAUCACACAGAAAUAAAAUAGAAAUUGAAGAAAAAAGUACAAUUAUAGCUAAUAUAUUGUGUUCGGCUAGUCUGCUUUUUGUUGUAAACAAAAUGAACUUUUUUGUUGUUUUUGGAGAAUGAUAUACAAUUUGUGUAUAUUUUCAUAAAUAAAGUAUGCACUGAUGUUAUUACAAAUUCUAUACUGCUUUUACAAAAAAAGUGUUUGUUAUUGUACCAAAGUAUCCAUUUGUCCCUUCUUACCCUCCCCUUUUUGCGUAUGUUUUAUCGUAUUUUAUAUAUUAAAUAGACAAGUUGACCUAAAAA